AGACAAAAUGCAGGGUAAACUAAAAGGGGAAAUGAUUAAUUUGUUGGUGCGCACAGUCCCUACCUGUAUAGACGUCAUCAAUUGUUUGCUGGUCCGGAAGCAGGUGAUUCUUGGGGUUGGUGCUCGUCGAAUUCCGAAGUCUGUUGGGGGGUUCUAUGGAAGAGAUGUCAGGAGAGAGCGUGGUGAGCUCGGCAGUGCCGGCGGCUACAACCCGGACCACCUCCUUCAAGGGCUCCAGUCCCAGCUCCAAGUAUGUGAAGCUAAACGUGGGCGGGGCGCUUUACUACACCACCAUGCAGACCCUCACCAAGCAGGACACCAUGCUCAAGGCCAUGUUCAGCGGCAGGAUGGAAGUCCUCACAGACAGUGAAGGCUGGAUCCUGAUUGACCGGUGUGGGAAACACUUUGGGACGAUUCUGAACUACCUUAGAGACGGGGCUGUGCCGCUCCCUGAGAGUCGUCGGGAGACUGAGGAGCUGAUGGCUGAGGCCAAAUACUAUCUGGUCCAGGGCCUGGCUGAUGAGUGUCAGGCUGCCCUGCAGAACAAAGAGUCAUACGAGCCAUUCUGUAAAGUUCCUCUGGUGACAUCAUUGAAGGAAGAACAGAGACUCAUCGCCACCUCUAAUAAGCCCACUGUCAAACUCUUAUACAACAGAAGCAACAACAAAUACUCCUACACCAGUAACUCUGACGACAACAUGCUGAAGAACAUUGAGCUGUUUGACAAGCUGUCGCUGCGCUUCAACAACCGUGUGCUCUUCAUCAAGGAUGUGAUCGGCGACGAGAUCUGCUGCUGGUCCUUCUACGGCCAGGGACGCAAGAUCGCUGAGGUGUGCUGCACCUCAAUCGUCUACGCCACAGAGAAGAAGCAGACCAAGGUGGAAUUCCCUGAGGCACGAAUCUACGAGGAGACCCUCAACAUCCUGCUGUAUGAGUCCCAGGAUGGGAGGGGUCCUGACAACGCUCUGCUGGAGGCUACGGGGGGUGCCGCUGGCCGCUCGCACCACCUGGACGAGGACGAGGAGCGCAUUGACAGGGUCCGUAGGAUCCACGUCAAGCGGCCCGAUGAUCGCACACACCACCACCAGUAACCCCUGACUAACCACCCCCCCUUGACCAUCCAAAGCCCAGCCCUGGAUGUCUGAUCCUGGAAUCUCAGUGGACCAUGUGUGUGCCUUACUUCCAACACCCAGCGCCUCGCUCUCUCUUCUUCCCCCACUUUUACUCUCACCAGUCCCCCACAGCGGGAGCCCACUGCUGAGGAGAGACGAGUGGAGACUGUGUGUAGUGGUGAAGUUGUUUCAUGUAGACCAUCUUGUUUUGUGUAGUACUCAUCCAACAUUUUGGGGUGUUUAGUGUCUCAGAGGUAGGUGGAUGCCGAGUUGAUUGUGAUUGGAUUUUCUACUAUGUGUGAAUUGGAUUAUGAAUGGGACGUCAAUGGUGUGGAAUGGAAUUGUGCCAGUGGUUAUACUGGAGGCAAUUAAAAUGUCAGCAUCAUGCAUUUUUCUUUGGUGCUUGCUUUGUUGCAGCAAGAAGAACAAGAAUCAUUACGCCUGUCUGAAGUGUAUGGAGACACUAUAAUGGCAGUCAAUCAGGUGUUCUACAAAAAGUCCACCAGGGGGCAUUAUCGAAUCAAACAAUCUGAGACAGGCAGCGAUGCUAUCAAUAUUCAAUUAAAUCGUUGCAUCUUCCUUUUGCCCCAUUCUGUGAAUAUCGGUUGAAUCAAAAUAUCAUACAAUCAGGUACCUCCACAGUCUCACAACCUCUCUUUAAAAAAUCAUUUUAUGAAUAGGAUUUCCCAUUUAACGCAAUGUCCCUUCAUGCCAUGUAAGUGAUUGCUUAAAAGGAGACAACUUGAGCUGUGGUGUGAAGUGUUAUCUGGGCUGAAAGAGCUCCAAGGCUGAAAUUAAUGUCUGAAACCAGAGCUCAACUCAAGGAGGGCUUUUAACAGGCAGAGAAAUUAGACCUGUUAACCGUACAUCUACACACUGUGUCCCCUUUUAACAAACAGUGCUUGUAGAUUCAUCUGUACAAUUGUACAACAAAAUGUUUUACAUAUUUAUACAUUAUCACAAAUAAAAAAAAUCUAUAAGAAUGUUUUUACUCUUAUAUUUGAAGUGUAAAAUGAUGGUACAUUGUUGCAAAAUCAAUCAGUGAUUCCUAUACAAGAGUAGCCUGAUGGUUUGAUAUAGUGCAAAGAAAUGUAAUUGACUAUUUUAGAGAGUAAUGCAUCCUGCUCUCAGUCAACAGUGCAGUAAUGUUUGUUUACAACUGGAAAAACUAAACUAGCAUGCAUACCCAUGCCUCCCUUAGCCUUGAAUUCACAAAAGAUCCUUAUAGGUUUGUGCUGUUUUGGUCCCUUAAAUGAACACUUGUCUCCAGUCAAUUUUCUUAGACAGGAUGGGUGCAUAAGGGGAUUUAUUUUCUUAUGAGCUCUGCCUAGAGAAUGACAUUGAGCCAUUGGUUCGUAGCUUUCAUGGUUUCCUGAAAACAACUGCUGUAGUUCUGUUUUAGGGUUCAUCUCUAUAAAACUGAUUCCAUAUCUGUUUGUGGUGUCUUGCCAACUGGCUAUUGAGUUAAAUAUAUGCACAACACAAACAGAUCUGGAAUCAGGCUAUACAGGAGCAGAAUCCAGAUGUUGUCCACAGGUUCUAAUGUGCUUGGUCAGUCUCCUGAGACCUUAUUCGUUCUCUCCUUAGUGUGUCUGUCUGCUGGGCACUGAGCAGUUCAGCGAGCCUUGGUCCGAGUGGAUACCUAGAGUGACAAAUAUGUUAUUUGUUCAGAUUGCAAGUAUUGAUCACCUGCAUCAAGUUCAUUAGGGAACAUAACAGAAACCAUUUGCAAUUAAAUGAGAUAUUUGUAUUGGACACCCAUGUAA